ACCGAGUGCACGGGCCGGGUGGCGUGCACCCUCCGACGCAUCGACCUCAUUUAAAGCCAGCGAGCAAGCGUGGCGUCCGCCCUCCAUCCACCCCUCGCACGCCCACAUCCUCUCUUCUUUUCUCCCCCUCCCGCUUCCUUGUUUCCCCUCGUUCUAUUUGGAUUGGAAGCUUCUCCGCGGCCAAGGUCACGCACACCCACCCACCUGGACCUGGUGCCCGCCGUGUAGGCCUCUCGGCCUUCGUCGUCCUCCAGCCCCAGGCGGAACACGAGGCGGCGGACGUACGGGCUCGACGGAGGCGAGCUGCCGGCCGAGCGACCAGGAAGACGCAUUCAGAAGAGGACAUCGAUCGAUCGCGGAGAGUUCCCCGGGUAGCUGACGACGAUCCAUGCUUGUGGCGGCCGGAUCAGUUCGCCCGUCCAACCGGGAUUGCUAGCGAAGCGCGAGCAGCAGAUGACUUGGGGGCAUGUACAGUGAUGUUUAAUGUAGAUGCUUUUAAGGUGUCUAAAUGAGUCCAGGCAGAAGCGCAGGACGGGGCAGCGGCAGCGUGAGCGACGCCACCACCCAAGCGGACGGCAAUAAUGGACGCUAACCACUCGCCGCCGGCGCAGCCGGAGAGGAAUCAUGGCAGCUUAAACUACGACAUCGAGAGCACGGACGGCACGUGGCGCGGCGCGGGGGCGUGGCAGGAGCAGGACCCAUCGUCGGAGGCCCUGAUGCGGUACGACGACGACGGGCCCCGGGAGCCGCUGCUGCGAAGGCGCACCAUGAACACCACCUCCCAGAUUGCCAUCGUCGGCGCCAACAUCUGCCCCAUCGAGAGCCUCGACUACGAAAUUGUGGAAAAUGACCUUUUCAAGCAGGAUUGGCGAUCAAGAAAGAAGCAGCAGAUAUUCCAGUAUAUUGUUCUGAAAUGGUCAUUAGUUCUUCUUAUUGGCCUGUGUACUGGACUUGUUGGCUUCUUCAAUAACCUUGCAGUUGAAAACAUUGCUGGGUUCAAGUUGUUGCUUACAAGUGAUCUGAUGCUCAAGCAAAGGUACUUCACAGCAUUUCUGGCAUAUGGAGGUUGCAAUCUAGUCUUGGCAGCUGCUGCUGCAGCGAUCUGCGCUUACAUAGCACCUGCUGCUGCUGGGUCUGGUAUCCCUGAAGUUAAAGCAUACCUUAAUGGAGUUGAUGCUUAUGCUAUAUUAGCUCCAAGCACACUGUUUGUGAAGAUAUUUGGUUCAAUACUUGGAGUUUCAGCUGGAUUUGUCCUUGGAAAGGAAGGUCCCAUGGUACAUACAGGAGCAUGCAUUGCCAACUUACUUGGUCAAGGGGGGUCACGCAAGUACCAUCUGACAUGUAACUGGCUCAGAUACUUUAAGAAUGAUAGAGAUAGGCGGGAUUUGAUUACUUGUGGCUCUGCUGCUGGAGUUGCAGCAGCAUUCCGUGCGCCUGUUGGUGGUGUGCUCUUUGCUCUUGAAGAAGCAGCAUCAUGGUGGCGAAGUGCUCUCCUGUGGAGAACAUUCUUUACAACUGCUGUUGUUGCUGUUGUACUGAGGGGUCUGAUCCAGUUCUGUCGUAGCGGAAAAUGUGGUCUUUUUGGUCAGGGAGGGUUGAUUAUGUUUGAUCUUAGCUCAACCGUACCGAGUUACAGUACCCAGGAUAUCAUUGCAAUUAUUGUCCUUGGAAUAAUUGGUGGGGUCUUCGGGGGCCUGUUCAACUUUCUCUUGGAUAGGAUUCUCCGAGCUUAUAGUUUUAUCAACGAGAGAGGUGCUCCAUACAAGAUCCUUCUCACCGUCACAAUAUCAAUCAUCACAUCAGCAUGCUCCUAUGGGCUACCUUGGCUCGCCCCAUGCACUCCGUGCCCUGCUGAUGCUGUGGAGGAAUGCCCUACCAUUGGCCGCUCUGGGAAUUUUAAGAACUUUCAGUGCCCGCCGGGCUAUUACAAUGGUCUUGCGUCGUUGUUCUUCAACACAAAUGAUGACGCCAUCCGCAAUCUAUUCAGCAGUGGCACCGAGAAUGAGUUCCACAUGUCCACUCUUUUCGUGUUCUUCACUGCGAUUUACUGCCUUGGCCUUGUGACAUACGGUAUUGCUGUUCCAUCUGGUCUCUUCAUCCCUGUUAUACUUGCUGGGGCUACGUACGGGCGCAUAGUGGGGACCCUUCUUGGUCCAAUUUCAGACCUUGAUCCUGGACUAUUCGCACUUCUUGGCGCGGCAUCUUUCCUCGGUGGAACAAUGAGGAUGACUGUGUCAGUCUGCGUGAUACUUCUGGAGCUCACCAAUGACCUCCUUAUGCUCCCGUUAGUCAUGCUCGUUCUUCUGAUAUCAAAGACCAUAGCCGACAGCUUUAACAAAGGGGUUUAUGAUCAGAUUGUGGUGAUGAAAGGCUUGCCAUUCCUGGAAGCUCAUGCCGAACCAUACAUGACGCACUUGGUUGCUAGCGAUGUUGUGUCUGGGCCACUGAUCUCCUUUUCAGGCGUCGAGAGAGUGGGGAAUAUCGUUCAGGCGUUGAGGAUCACAGGCCACAACGGAUUUCCAGUGGUCGAUGAGCCACCUCUAUCAGAGGCUCCAGAACUUGUUGGGCUUGUGCUCAGAUCCCAUCUGCUGGUCCUGCUGAAAGGUAAGGGCUUCAUGAAAGAGAAGAUGAAAACCAGCGGUAGCUUCGUGCUGGAAAGAUUUGGUGCCUUCGAUUUUGCCAAGCCAGGCUCAGGGAAAGGCCUGAAGAUUGAGGACCUGGAUUUCACUGAUGAGGAAAUGGACUUGUAUGUCGAUCUCCAUCCAAUUACAAAUACAUCACCGUACACGGUGGUAGAGACCAUGUCACUUGCGAAGGCUGCCGUCCUUUUCCGGGCACUGGGACUCAGGCACAUGCUCGUUGUGCCAAAGACCCCAGGGAGACCUCCAAUUGUUGGAAUCCUGACGAGGCACGAUUUCAUACCGGAGCAUAUUCAUGGGCUGUUUCCAAAUAUACACAAGUCACACUAAUGGAACACUCAAUCAGUCCAUAUCUUUUCUUUUCUUUUUUGCCGUCGCCUUGUAGGUUGUAGCUAGCUGUACGAAAACGAAGCUACUUUUGUCCAAUAUUUGCUAUCGGCCAUCUGGCCUUUUCUUUUCCAUUUUGUUUCUUCAGGAGUACUCCAGAAUCAUAUAAUCACUGGAUAAUAUUGUAUUUGUUCAAGAGCUGGUUCCCUGGCAGAACACUCCAUAAGUGAUAUUUCUGUCUUUUUCUCAAAUACGCAGAAGAUCUACGUAUCAAUAUAUUA